AUACUAGCACAGUUUUAACUAUGUGCCAAACGCCCCUAAAAUUUGAAGCGAGGAAAACCCCGACUCCCACCUGGGCUUCUUGUCCGAACACUAUGGUUCCACGAACUUCCAAUCAUAUAGCUCGUUAUGCAGCUUCUACUAAAAGUGGUAAGCUUUUUUCAUCUACUAUAUUCAUUGCCCCAACCCCAGAUAAUAAUAAUUCCCUUGACAAGUUCCUCAAAUAUGACUGUAAAUCAGGUAAAAUCCACAUUAAGGAUGCACUUAAUCACUUUGAUAACAUGCUUCAUAUGCAACCCCCACCACCCACUUCAUCAUUUAACCUCUUGUUAGGUGCACUUGCCAAAACCAAGAACUAUAAAGAUGUUCUCUUAUUGUAUAAUAAGAUGGUUGAUGAUAAUUAUUCAACUGAUUUUAUUACACUUAACAUUUUGCUUAACAGUUUUUGUAGUAUCAAAGAAGUGGGGUUUGGGUUUGGUGUGUUAGGUGGUAUUAUUAAGAGGGGUUAUAAUCCAAAUGUGGUAACUUUUACGUCGUUGAUUAAAGGGUUUUUUGUUGAAAAUAAGAUUAAUGAGGCGGUGGGGUUGUUCAAGAAAAUGGUUGAAUUGGGAUAUAAGCCUCAUGUUAAGACUUGGGGUACAUUGAUUAAUGGUUUAUGUAGGAGUGGGAAUGCCGAGAGGGCGUUGAUUUUGCAUCAAGAAAUGUCAAAAGGGAAUGUUCUUUUUGGUGUUCAAUUUAGGCCGAAUGUUGUUUCGUAUAGCAUGAUAAUUGAUGGUCUUUGUAAGGAAGGUUUGGUAGCUAAGGCGGUUAAGGUGUUUUUGGAGAUGAAGGAGAAAAGAAUCUACCCGGAUGUGGUGGUAUACGGCUCUUUGGUUCAUGGUUUGUCUGUUGCUGGUGAGUGGGAGGAAGCGAAGGCUUUUUUUAAUGAAAUGGUAGAUCAAGGUAUUCGUCCUAAUGUUGUGACCUUCAAUGUUUUGAUGAGUGCCCUUUGCAAGGAAGGGAAAAUCGAAGAAGCAAGUAAGUUGUUGGACUUGAUGGUUCAAAGGGGUGAAAAACCUGAUUCUUUUACAUAUAACACAUUGAUGGAUGGAUUUUGCUUAGAGGGGAAAGUUGAUAAUGCAAGGCAAUUGUUUGUUUCAAUGGCAGCUAAGGGUGAGGAACGUGAUGUAAUAAGUUACAAUAUCUUAAUUAAUGGAUAUUGCAAGUGCGGAAGAGUAGAUGAGGGUUGGAGGCUUUACAAAGAGAUGCUUCAGAAAGAUUAUAAGCCAACAGUAAUUACGUUUAACACUUUGUUAACUGCCCUUUUUCAAGGAGGGAGAGUUGAGGAUGGACGAGAACUAUUUGUUGAGAUGCAAAGGUGUGGUGUUGCACCAGAUUCUUCAACUUACAAUAUAUUGUUAGAUGGAUUUUGCAAGAAUAAUUGCCUCACGGAAGCACUGGAGUUGUUCCAGCUUCUAGAAAGGAAAGGACAUGAACUCACUAUUGAAAUCUUUAACUGUGUGAUUGAUGGGUUGUGUAAAGGAGGAAAACUUGAAGAUGCUACCAAACUGUUUGAGAGUUUGUCCCGGAAAGGCUUGGUGCCAACCGUUGUUACAUAUUCUAUCAUGAUUCAUGGUUUCUGUAAAAAUGGUCAAUUGGAAAAGGCAAAUAAUUUGUUCUUGGAGAUGGAAAGGAAGGGAUGUUUUCCGAAUGUUGUCACAUUUAAUACGCUUAUGCAUGGUUUCUGUGAUAACAAUGAUGCGCCACGGGUAGUAGGCCUUCUUCAGAAAAUGGCAGAGAAACAUAUUUCACCAGAUUUAUCAACAAUAUCUCUCGUUAUAGAUUUACUGUCGAAGGAUGAAAAAUAUCAUGAAUUUCUGAACUUGAUUCCAACAUUUCCAAACCAGUCUGCCGAAAAGUGAGUUUUUGGAUGCGGUUCAUCAUAUGGGAUGAACUUUGACUGAACUGUGUGUGUGGGUAAUCUCCCUUUAUCAGAAUUAUAUCAAAGUGUAUUCAGACGAUGAUGAGUAUAUCUGAUCUCAAUGAGUAGGGGCAUGCAAUUCAAGUGCAAACCAGCAAGUUGAAUAUGUGCUAGCAUUCAUGUUUAUGAAUUUUUCACUCCCUUGAUUCCCCUACUUGGAUUCGAAGCCAGAAUUGUUGAAUUCAGCAAUUAUUGAUCAAGGUCUUAUCAAUCACUUGUUGCUGCUUCGAAAUAGCAGAUCUGGCCAGAAAUACAAGUAUUGGAUGAGCAUGGAUAGAUGCUACCUGGUGUUGUUAGAUCACACUGUGGAGUCAAUUAAUCAUCAAUCAGGAUUCUUGGGAGGACCAAUGUGGUGCUGGUUAAACUUUUUUCUUACGGGAAAAAGGUGAUAAACAAGUACUCUUUUGGAAGAUAAACCAAGAAUACAAGGUUGUGUUGAGUUCGAAUGGCAGAGAGAAGCAGUAAUAUAGAUGGAGGGUUUGUUUCCGGCCUUGAAUGUCUUUCUCUUUCUAUCUUGAGGAAAGAACGAAGAGACGACCUAGAGGCUAGAACUUUGCUCUGUAAAAGCUUGAAAAGGAAGUUUGGAGAAGAAGACGACUUAAAAGUUACAGGCUUACAGCUGGAGGAGACAUGUAGAAGCUAGAAUUAGGACUCUUAAUUGUAUUAACGUACAAAAAUGACCCCUUUAUUCGCCAUAUAUGCUAUUUUUAUCCCCUUUAUUUUCCAUUAUAUGCUACUUGUGACACAAAAUUAAAAGGCACCUAAUUAAUUAUUAGCAUGUCAUUUUGUUGAUAAUUAAUUUAUAUUUUUAAUCGGACAAAUUUACUGGUUGUACAUAAUAAAAUUGACCCCUUUGUACAACGGAUUAUUCUUGGAACGUAUUUUUUCAUAUGCCUUUUAAAUUAUUAAUUAUUGUAACGUAUACUAUUUUUUACAUGAAUUGAAAAUAACUUAGAAAAACGACAAAGAAGAUUAAUCGAGCAUUUUAGAUAACUAUAUCAAGAAUGAGAGAAUUUAAGAGCACUUAAUUUAUAUUAAUUUAGGAGCAAUAACUAAUAUCGAAAUACUUGAAAUAUAAUUAUAUAAUAGUUAAGGUUAUAUACUUUAUGGAAAAAUCACAUUAAUUUUGAAUUUUCUUAGCCGAAUCCCCGCACCCGUAUAAUCUUAAAAUUUAGAUUUUGCCGAAUCUGACACUCGGAUCCAUGCCCGCACCCGAGUCCGUGCAACUUUGGUUUUUGCUGUGUACCUUCUUCUGUAGUUCGAGGUGAUUGCAUUACCUUUCUGUUGUAAUAGAGGUAUGGUCUAGCCCUCCUCAUCUUUUUGCUUAAGCUAACACAACACAUCCCAGAUUCUGCUGGGUAAUUGAAUAAAAAAUUUGUAACGUCUCUAAUUUAAACUGAACAUGACAACUAUAAAUAACAAAUCCAUCUAAAAAUAUUGCACUUUAAGUCCGCAAAAAAUAUGCCAAUUCACAUAAAUAUCAAAAAAUUUAACUUAUAAAAAGAUGGAAGAACUGGCAGAAGCACCAAGAAAGGGGAGGGGUGUUGAAGGAAAAAAGUUGUAGGCGAAAGACCAAAAAGAAAAAACUAGUUAACGUCUAGCAUGGCCACAAAAAGUGAAACAGACCUAUUUCAGUUCUCGUCAAUUGUUUAAGAAGCCUAAUCAAUGAAAAGUAGGAAUUGUAGAGUAAUUGAAUUAUUGAAGAAAGUGAUCGAAAUCUUUUUCUGUGAAAGUUAGGCUCUUAGCUAUCUGUAAAUUAAAUCUGAUUUUUUUUGUGGCUUAAUUUGUUGGUGGGACUGCCAACCUUCUUUUCUUUUUGGUAAGGUUAUGUGAUGUAGACAUUAAAUAGAGAAUCCUACCCGGUAACAUGAUUCUCUACAAAACACAUCCUCAUCCUCUAUGAAUGUCAGGUUACCAAUGUGUCCCAAAACUGUAGAGAAAAUAAAAAUAUUCUAUUACCAUGUAUUUUUCUCUUUCCAUGUGGUCCGAAUCUGGACGAAAGGAGUAACCUCCCAUGCUCAUUUUUUCUAUUUUCUGCUUCUACACUUCCACUCAAUGACUCAAAGUGUUACACUGACAGCUCUCUACAACAACAACCCAGUGGAAUCCCACAACGUGGGGUCUGGGGAGGGUAGAGUGUACGCAGACCUUACUCCUACCAAGGUAGGACGGCUGUUUCCGAAAGACCCUCGGCUCAAUGAAAAUCAUAAAAAGAGGUCAGAUAGGCUAAGAAAUUCAAAGCGAUAUGGAAAUGCAAAUAACGAAAGCAACACAGAUAAGAUAGAAUAAUCAAAAUACAGGAAAUAACAGAUAAUAGCAGAAAUCAAAGCACACGAAAUUCUACUGAGAUAAUGCGCCUACUAAUAAUGAAGGAUAACGAGACUAUCUACUAGCCUUCUACCCUAAUGUGGGUCCUCCAAACCCUCCUAUCUAAGGUCAUGUCCUCGCUAAGCUGUAACUGCGCCAUGUCCUGUCUAAUCACCUCUCCCCAAUAUUUCUUCGGCCUACCCCUACCUCUUCUAAAACCAUCCAUGGCUAACCUCUCACACCUCCGCACUGGGGCAUCCGUACCUCUCCUCUUGACAUGCCCAAACCAUCUCAGUCUCGCUUCCCGCAUCUUGUCUUCCACCGAGGCCACUCUCACCUUAUCCCAAAUAGUCUCAUUCCUAAUCCUGUCUCUCCUUGUGUGUCCACACAUCCAUCUCAACAUUCUCAUCUCGGCAACUUUCAUCUUUUGAACGUGAGAGAUCUUAACUGGCCAACACUCCGCCCCAUACAACAUAGUCGGUCUAACCACCACUUUGUAGAACUUGCCCUUAAGUUGCGGUGGCACCUUCUUGUCACAUAGCACUCCGGAAGCGAGCCUCCAUUUCAUCCACCCUGCCCUAAUACGAUGUGUGACAUCCUUGUCAAUCUCUCCGUUGCCUUGCAUGAUAGACCCAAGAUACUUGAAACUACUUUUCUUCUGGAUGGCCUGGGUACCAAGCCUAACUUCCACGCCAACCUCCUGAGGUGCUUCACUGAACUUGCACUCCAAGUACUCUGUCUUGGUCCUACUCAGCUUAAACCCUUUAGACUCCAAGGUAUGUCUCCAACCCUCUAGCUUAGCGUUAACUCCACUACGAGUCUCGUCGAUCAGGACUAUGUCAUCCGCGAAAAGCAUACACCAUGGCACCUCACCUUGAAUUUGUCGCGUCAAUCCAUCCAUCACCAAGGCAAAUAAAAACGGACUAAGAGCUGAUCCUUGAUGCAACCCCAUCCCAACUGGGAAGUGCUCUGAGUCCCCUCCUACUGUCCUUACCCUGGUUUUGGCUCCCUCAUACAUGUCCUUGAUCACUCUAGUGUACGCCACAGGUACACUUUUAGCCUCCAAACAUCUCCAUAGGAUCUCUCUUGGAACUUUGUCGUAAGCCUUUUCUAAGUCGAUGAAUACCAUGUGUAAAUCCCUCUUCCUCUCCCUAUACUGCUUGACCAGUCUCCUCAUAAGAUGGAUGGCUUCUGUAGUUGAGCGUCCCGGCAUGAAUCCGAACUGGUUCUCUGAAAUAGACACGCCUCUCCUCACCCUCAUCUCCACCACCCUUUCCCACACUUUCAUAGUAUGGCUUAGCAGUUUGAUACCUCUAUAGUUGUUGCAACUCUGGAUAUCCCCCUUGUUCUUGUAUAGAGGGAUCAUUACGCUCGACCUCCAUUCUUCGGGCAUCCUUGCCGUCUUAAAGAUGACAUUAAACAACCUAGUCAGUCACUCCAAACCUACCGAGCUCGCGCUCUUCCAAAAUUCCCCAGGAAUCUCGUCCGGUCCGGUCGCUCUUCCCCUGUGCAUCCUACGAACAACACUCUUAACCUCCUCAACCUUAAUACUCCUGCAAUACCCAAAAUCGUGACGCCUCCCUGUAUGUUCCAAAUCUCCCAACACAAUGUCUCUGUCCCCUCCUUCAUUCAAGAGUUUAUGGAAGUAUGACUGCCAUCUCCGUCUAAUGAGAGUCUCCUCUACCAAUACUUUUCCAUUGCUCGUCCUUGAUGCACUUCACUUGAUCCACAUCGCGUGCCCUUCUCUCCCUCGCCUUGGCUAGCCUGAACAAUUUCUGAUCCCCGCCUUUCUCUUCUAGUCCAGCAUAAAGACGUUCAAAAGCUACCGUUUUUGCCGUCGAAACUGCCAACUUCGCCUCCUUCCUCGCUAUCUUAUAAAGUUCCCUAUUCGUCCACUUCUCCACCUCAUCCUUGCUUUCGAUCAACUUCGCAUACGCCACCUUCCCUUGCACUUCUCCAUUCCACCACCAGUCCCCUCGAUGCCGACAACGGCCACCUGACGAGACCCCCAACACUUCCCUUGCUACAACCCUAAUGCAACUAGCCGUCCUAUCCCACAUACUGGUCGCAUCCCCACUACUAUCCCAGGCCCCCAUAUCCUUCAAUUUCUCUCCCAUCUCCAAGGCACUAUUCGUGGUCAAAAAAACCUUCCGGAAAAUUCACCGUCGACGGAGCAGCGGCGUUCUCUCCCAUCUCCAAGGCACUCUUCCAUUUCUAUUGCUGCCUGAGAGUGGUAUGUUUGCUUGUACAUUAUUUCCAAGAGUUUGUAGAGCUCCUCAUUUAUCUACCUUGCAAAUCUCUCCCGAAUAAGAUCACAUAGCAUUGCACCUGUGACUUGUGCUGCUUGUCGGCUGGAGAAUAUUGAAAAUGAUGCAACACUUUAGAUAGCUGCUUAUCACUGCACCAUCUCUAUUUUCAGAUAUUGGUUCUGCUUUUCAUAUCCAACUUUAAAUCUUACAUUCCUGUAAAUUCAUUUUAUGCUCCUCCAUACUGCCGCUCCAUAAGGUUGUGUGGUCUACCCUGUUUCUACUCCUUUAUCUUUUUGAUAAGGUAAAGCUUUAUUGAGUAAGGACAGCAACAAGAAAGUGCCGGUAGUUACAUUAGAAAAUCGCCACCUAUCAGUUAGUCUUCACUGGAUGCUUAGUGAGUUGAUAAAGUCAAUCAUGGCGUCAGCCUCACUUACAACAGCCAACAACAAGAACAUACCAGUAUAGUCCCACGAGUGGGGUCUGGGGAGGGUGGGUGUACGCAGACCUUACCCCUACCUUUGUGGGGGCAGAGAUGUUGUUUCCAUAGACCCUCGGCUCAAGAAAAUUGUUUUUCAGAACAGGUAGACUCACUUACAACAGCCAUGUUCCAAAAAUAAAGCAAAAAAUACAUUUAAACUGAAGAUUAAGAUAAGUAUCUUUGUUGUCUUAAAAAAGGCUGGAGAUUCUUUCUCCUGAUGGACCGCCAUAUUGUUGCCGGAAUAGAGUUCCAUAUUUUGAGGGAAGCUUUGUUUAGACCAGCUCUGCAGAAAUUGUAAAGCUGAUUUAGUUCCAACAGACUGAAUAUCAAGUUCCAGGUUGUGAGGCAACUGUACCAUGUAACAAAAGGUUGUUGGUGUCUUCGUACUGGUUUUUAUGCAAAGCACAUCUGUUACAGAUAAUCAUGUACCAUCAUCUGAAUGUAUUUAUAAGCAAUGACCCUUCUCCACAUGCUUUUUCUUCUACCUCGAACCUCCAUAUCAAUUUUCCUGAUACUUUUCUGUUGAACACUCAAAUUUCCUAAUUCUGAAUUCCCAACUUCUUAUGAAAUGUGACCGUUAUUCAUCUAACAAAAUAAUUUUUUACAGCCCCUCCAAUGCCCUACCGAAUUUUUUUCUGUAAUAUUUUCAACUUUUGUGCUAGUAUUGCUGGUGUAUAAGAGCGUCAUUUAUGCCAUUGGUUUUUCUUAAAUCAAGUAACUGCUAUAUAUGACAUUGCUAUACUGGACAAUACUCUUCUAUUUUUAUCUCUCUUACCCCCUUCGAUAAAGUAUCUCUUAUGCUACAUUUUGAGCAUUUGUUUGGUUCUUUAAAUCACUGGGUUCCUAACUGCACUAUCCUUGUGUGUCGUAUCCAAUGGUAAUCCUAAAUAAAUCACCAGGAGAGAGUCAACAUUAUAGUUGAGAAACUCUCCAAUUGUUCACCUCUCUGACUGGUAUUUAUUUUCUGCAUCUUUAAAUUGUUAAGCAUGUUGUUUUUAGCAUAACACAUCACAAAUGUACUAUCUGCAAAUAACACGUGUAAACUAUCUUGGCUCCCCCUCUUGGUUGUGGAUCCAUUUAGGAACCUUCAGACAGUGCUCUGUCUACUCUAUCAUCUAACUGAAUUCUUCUAUUCCUAGUGCGAAUAGCAUGGUGAUGGAGGAUCUCCUUAUUUCAGAAUUCAGACCCCUUGUGCUUCUAACAAUUUGUAGGAUUUCAAUUAACCAUGAUCGAGAAUUUUACAAUAGAUAUGCAUAAGUGGAUCCAAUGUUAUCAUAUAUUAAAAGCACUUGACCUCAUGGCAACAGAGUUAAGUUCAAUGAAUUAUUAACUACUUUUUUUCUGUAUUUUUUAUUAGUAUUUUAAGAAUAUUAUAUUUGUCCCCAGACCCCACAUUGUGGGAUUCAACUGGGUAUGUUGUUUGUUGUAUAUUUGAAGUUAUAGAGAGGGUGGUUAUUUAUUAUGUUUAAUCAUUUGUUUCAAAUUAGAUCAAACACUAACAAGAACCACCAAGUUUGUUUAUUUUCUUGUAUUUGGUUUCUCGAUAUCCCUUUUCUCAUAACAGUUGGUGCAUAUUACACCUUCUAAGUUUGCGCUCCUUUUUUGUGCUUCUGUUUGUUCUUACUUUAAUCCUGGUGUGCUAUCUUCUUGUUCCAUCUCUACAUAGUGUUUGUAUCCCUAUCAGUACACAGACUACACGUACAUGUAACAUAAAGUAGAGUGGACUUCACUAGCUUGGAGUUGAUAAUUUGUUGUUCAUUCUUCUUUAUGUGCAUUGGAAAUAGUUUUCUUUUUGAAAGCUGAUUUACAUAACCAAAGAUAACCUCUCCAGUUGGGUGCAAACCUUGGAAAUCAGGAUGAAACAAAAAACACUAGAUGAUUUUUUCUCAUCUACGUAAGCUUUGGUGGUCUUUACCGAGUACUUGGUGGACAAAGUUACCUAAUAGUACUUGUAUUGGUGGAAGGUAGCUGGUAAUCGAUGGAAUAGUUGAGUGAGCUAAGACUGCUUGCACACCACUGUUAUCACAGAAGGAAAAAAAAGAGUAACAUAUCCUGUUUGUAGCCUACCUAUUACUAGACUUCAGGUAUUGAAUAUUCUUACAAAUUACAACUACUAAAAUAUUUAGAUCUAAAUUUCUUCAUUUUGUUUGCAGGACUGCUUUCAAUUCAUUGGUGUUCAACUCUCCCUUCUAUAUCAGAUGCUGCAAAAAUUCUGUCAAUUCUGGAAGGGCACAUUUGACAAGAAUUAUUCCGCCUUCUCCUCUGUCAAGCCCAAGAAGAAACUGCUGAGCAGCUACUUGGGGCAUCUUUCACUUAACUAAAAAUAUUGUUUCCCUACUUUCAAACAACUGACAUGAUCAUAAUAAAAAGUAGCAGUGCUGGGCAGAUUACUUCUCAUCAAGGGAUGGCCUUAGAAUAAAACUUUGUCCUCCAUAAUAUGGGUCUCUUUGAGCAGGCAGGGUGAAAUUCUGCAACAAGGCUGUUACUGUAUUGAAAUACAGGAGAAAAAGAAGGUGAUGGUGACAGCGCCACAUUAUCAAGUAGAGGCAUCGUUAAUUUUAAUUGUUUGCCUGGGUAGAACACCUAUUGAUAAUGGGCGGUGGCACAUCUGUACUCUCGGACAAUUGCCUUAAUAUUUUACUAGUUUGUAACCGUGACCGGCCAUGUAUGGAGGAAAACUAGCUCUCGUAACUGGUUUGUUGAGCAUAUAUUUGCUGAAUUUACUGUGCUGAAGAAGCUGUCUUUUGAGGAAUA